AUGGAUAUCCCCCGGCCAAAUGAAGGGGAUGUCAAUAUUGGUGAGAUCCUCUAUAUAAAAGGGACCGACAUAUUCAGAGGUUGCUGGGUCCUAACCUGCUUCGUUGGCGUUGUCCUAAUCUUUAGAUGCGCAAUAAAAGCAUGGGUACGAUGGGCACUACCUCAGGUCUCUGCACCGGGCAGAAUAUGGGGAAUCGAAGAUGUUUUCUUUCUCUUUGGAUAUGCCGUGGACCUUUUACAUAUGACGCUUAUACAGCACAGUUACAAAUGGGGCUUGGGACGACACUUCUUCUACUUGACGCCUGAAGAGAAAAGGCAAGCUUUACGAUGGGAUUAUGCCUCUCAACCUUGCGCGGUUGCCGCCGCCAUGAUAUCAAGAACAGGAAUGAUGUGGUUCCUCCUCUCAUGUUUCGCCAAUAGCAACCGCCGAUUACGCAUUUCGAUUAUCGUUUGCAUGAUUAUCCAGAUUGUUGUUAAUUCAAUUACCAUUGUGCAAAUAGUGGUGCAAUGUGGGCCGAAUCCAUAUCACGCUGAUGACCGAACAAGAUACUUUCAUUAUAUGUGGGAUCCUCUACCGGCUGAUGGUUCAGUAAAGUGUCAGUCACCGACUGUGCAGACAACUAUCGGAUAUGUCCAAGGAGGGUUUAAUACGAUCAUCGAUUUGUAUCUCGCGGGAAUAUCGGCCUUUGAACUCUGGCAAUUCUUCAUUCAAACAUUGCAACGCAAUCCCGGUGUUUCUGUCUGGGUACAAUUCAGCAAGAUUAACCCUAGCGUUCGAUCUCGUCGAAUAUGGCAGACAUUGACUCUUUCUGGGCCUCUUGUUCUUUCCGGGGCUGCUUCGAUUGUCAAGACCUAUCUUCUCCAGUCACUGGGCGACAGAGCCGAUUUUACCUACAACAUUGUCACCUUCGUUCUUUGGGUCAAAAUUGAAAACUACGCCAUCCUAAUCGCCACUUGCGCCCCAGUCAUCAGACUCUUUCUUCGUACAUUCGUCGACAUGAGACGUGAAGGGCGAUACGGUGGCUACCCCUGGAGUCGCUCCCACUCCGAUAAUCCACACAACUCAAACGAGAACAAUAGUGGCAGCAGUGGACAACAUGAGUUGAAAAGACAGAACAAAUUCCAGCAGCGAUUCAACAGAAGCCGAAGUGCGGUUGAUCCGGAUAAGACCUUUGAUUCGAUGUUUGAUGAUAGUUACCUCCUUACUACGGUGGAUGAUGAUAAGGAUAGCAGCAACAGACAUGCCAAUGGCACAGUAGGGCCAUCCUCGCAUACGAUCGAUACAAUAGCACGAAUGACGUCGCCCGCCAGCAUCAACGACAAUAGAAACACGCGUCUCAGCACCGGCGUUGGCGUGACAGUGAAGACGGAUAUUGUUGUCGAGGUUGAUGAAGAAAUGGGUAUGUCUCCGAGAAGCCGUGGACUAUCACCGUUACCAAAGAAUGCACAACCGUAUCCUACGUUUACGCCUCAAGAUGAUCAACAUCGCGUUGAAAGGCAGGCAUUAGCUUAUGCGUGGAAGCCUGCUAGCUGAUUUUUUCAGUCUGAAAUUUGCUUUUGAACUUUAUGGAGUUACGGCGCUGUUUGCAUUGGUGAGAUAAUUAUACCCUCUGAUAUAAUGAUAUUGUCUUGAAUACACCGAUACAGUCCAUUAUACAUAGCUGGCUCUGUAAUACAUCAUGUCAAACU